UUGAAAAAAAUUGCGGAAGAAGAAGCUCAAAAAACCAAGAAAGCUAGUAGCAAAAAAUCUAACGUUACUGGAACGAGGAAAGAGGGCAGUACCUCGGAGGCUUCGAGCCAGAAGCCUACUAUGGACCGGAUUUUGAGUGAGAUGAAUGAGCUUCGGAAGGAAAUGCUUCGUUUGCCAGAGUUAUGCGCACAGGUAACACUUGAGCACGUCUCUUUAAUGUCCAUCACUGAAUUGAAGAACUAAGAUGAAAUGUUUUCUUGCAGAGGAUGAUUGAGAAACUGAACAAAACAGGCGUCUCCUACAAACCCAGUAACCUGGAAGAGGACGAAGAGAAUCUGUACGGAGGCAUUAAUGAGUCUUCAAACGAUGUUGGACGUCCGCAAAAAGAGUUUGUAUAUCAAAAAGAUGAUUCAGACCGGUUCCGCACACCUUCCAAAAUGAAUUUGCAAAAGGAUGAUAACGGCGUUGAUGUAACUUCUCGUGAAAACACACCUUUUUACUGCACACCUGAGUACUGGGAUAGUUUCAAGGGUGAUAUGGAUGAUCCUGUCCAAGUACCAGAAGUAUCAGAUGAAAAAGCUGCCACAUCUUUAGAGACGGACGAAAUCGCAUCGCAUGCGUCGGUUGGUUCUCAAGGAGUACAAGAGGAAGUGGAGGAGGUUACUGGCAGGCGCAAGCGCAGAGGAUCACAACAUGUCAAGUCUCCUUAUGUGGUCCCUAAACCAAACAAACGUGCAAAACGUUCUGCCAAAGGAAAAUUGUUCCAAAAUGGUGAUGUUAACAAAUCUGGUGAUGAGUAUGAUGUGGUGAAAGCGUCCAUCAAGUACGUGCAUGCGCAUGAGCAUUUACAAAAACAUGCCAAAACAGAAAUUUUCAAUGAUGGCAUGGAAGAAUGUCUCACUGUGAGGAGAGCUUGUCAGAUUAUUAACCAUGAGUGGCUAAGUGGCGAUGUAAUUGAUGCAUACUCAUCAUUUUUGGUCGACAAAGUUAAUGAUGAUCGUUUCAUGUUAACAACUUGGAGGAUACAUUGGUUCCUUCACGUUAGACCCGGAAAGAAGACCGCCGGUAAUGAUUAUGAAGCAGAGUCGCAUAGUAAUGGACCCGUGAACAGAUGUGAGGACGAGUAUUUCAAAAAAUCAAAGACUUACAUUCCUCUAAACAAGCAAAAUAAUCACUGGAUUACUGUCGUCAUGCAUAGCGGAAAAAGAGAGUUUCAGGUUCUUGACUCGUUGAUGACCGGAAAACUUGACACUGUUACUAGAGAACUCGUUGAGGACCUGAGAAAACAACUAGCAGAAGAUAUCCAAGAAGCAAAUGCAAUCGGAAUUGUGAAUUAUCCGGAUGUUUCCAAGUGGCCUAUUCAAACGUAUGACAUGCCAAAACAACAUGAUGGGUGA